AUGCCAGCCGGUGGUGUUAAAGGAGACCUACUAGUUGACUUUGGAGCUGGACCUGCAAUUUAUCAGCUUCUCUCAGCUUGUGAAGCAUUUAACAAUAUCAUAAUUUCCGACUUUCUUGAGCAAAACCGAACACAGCUACAGAAGUGGCUGAGUAAUGACACUGAUGCAUUUGACUGGACUCCGAUUGUCAAGUAUGUGUGUGAACUGGAAGGUAAUAGUGACAAUGAGAGCUGUAAGAAGAAGGAAGAAAAAAUAAGGAGAACAGUGACAAAAGUUCUGAAUUGUGAUGCACUGAAGAAGAACCCAUUUGACCCGGUGGAGAUGACACAAGCCGAUUGCCUGAUUAGUUGCCUCUGUUUAGAAGCACCCUGCAAAGAUGUGGAAUCCUUCACCAAUGCUUUGAGGAAUCUUAAGGGCCUCAUUAAACCAGGGGGUCACAUAAUAAUUCAGAGUGCGCCUAACUGUACUUACUUUUAUGUUGGCCCAAAAAAGUUUUCCCCUCUGACCAUUUCUAAAGAAGAACUGGAGAUGGCAUUUAAAGAGGCUGGCUAUGAAAUUGUGAAAUAAAGGUUAUUCCAGUUCUUGAAAAGUCAAUGAUGGACAUUUGUGAUCCGGACAGCUAUUACUUUGUCCAUGCCCGUAAGCCAUGUUCACAGGGCAAAUGACCUUAUAAAGUAUCCAGGUCCUAAUCAGUAAUUUCUCAGGAAUGCUUCCCAAAUGUAUGAUAUAAUCAGCUAAGUUAGGGAAACAACAUAGAUCUAUAAAUUGCUAUGCCAAGUUUAAUUGUAAUAACCAUUAUUUUUCUUAAUUGAAUGAAUAUUAGUAAAAAAUAAUAAAAAACAUUAAUACCUUUCCAGGAAGGCC